AUAAUAAUCCUCUGGCUAGGUGAAAUCCUGUGGUAGGGAUAUACCAUUGACCAUCAACUCGUACAUUCAAAGCGACAGUUAAGCGCGGUGCGACAUUCGCAAAAGGUUGAUUGCGUUUUUUCAAUGAUGGCAUCUUGAACUCCACACAUUGUACGAUACUACAACAGAUCCUCUUCUUGCGGAAUAAUCCAAACCAGAAUCGAAUUGGUAAACAACGUUUAUCAAGCUAUGUCAUUGAAAUUGAUACUGGAAUUUGUAUUGGUUUUUACACACCAGUAAACUGUUGGUUCUUCGUCAAUUCCUCACGCGGAGUUUUCUACAAGACUCGGUUUUUUUUUAAGUGACUGUGGCAAACAUGGUGGUCAAAAGCGAUAACAAGUUACCUGCCAUACCGAACAAUCCAGAGGGUUCUUCCUUAAAAGAAGCCUUACCACAAGUUUUGGCGGUCGCAGUGAAAAAUGUGUUGCUUCUGGGAUUCGGUAUGACACUUGGAUUCCCAACAAUCCUCAUACCCAGUUUGCAAGGAAGUGACGAGAACGAGAAAAUUUCUUUGGGUCCGGAAGCAAUAUCGUGGAUAGGUUCGAUCAAUUUAAUUUGCGUACCCGUUGGAUGUUUCUUUUCUGGCGCAGCCACUCAACCCAUUGGCAGGAAACGGGCCAUGCAGUUGGUGAACAUACCGUUCCUAACUGCGUGGUUGCUUUUCCAUUUUUCCACCGACGUAUGGCAAGUGUUCCUUGCCUUAGCCUUGACUGGUCUGUCCGGAGGUUUACUCGAAGCACCUGUGCUUACAUACGUAGCAGAGAUAACACAACCGCAUUUAAGGGGAAUGUUAUCGUCUACCAGCACUAUGGCUGUAAUUUUAGGAUCUCUCUUUCAAUUUCUUCUAGGUACUUUCUUUCCUUUCCGUACUGUAGCCCUAAUCAACUGCUUUGUACCCGUGCUUUCUUUUGUACUCUUAAUUUUUGUGCCGGAAACGCCGAUUUGGCUGAUUUCAAAAAACCGAUUUAAGGAGGCGAAAGAAAGCAUGGCUUGGCUUAGAGGUUGGACCACUGUGGAUCAAAUAGAACCUGAGUUUCAACAACUUUGUAAACAAUUAGAUAAGAACAGUGUUUUGACUGGUAAAGCUACGAAAGCUCCAUCAAAUUCGAAAAAAGAGACCAUAAAGUUGUUCACGAAAAAGAAUUUCCUUUGGCCCUAUUUUCUUGUGUCCCUGAUGUUUUUCUUGGGACAUUUCAACGGGAUAACCACCUUGCAAACGUACGCAAUAACCAUAUUUGCCACUUUAAAGGCGCCGAUCAACAAAUACUACUGCACAAUUAUUCUGGGAGCGGUCGAAUUGUUAGGCUGCAUAGCUUGUGUGACGUUGGUAAAUUAUUUAGGAAAACGUGUAAUCAAUCUAAUUUCUCUCAUAGUUUGCGGCAUUUGCUUCGUAAUUGUGGCAACGUACGCGUAUGUCGUCGACAUUCGUUAUCUGGACGCCACAAAUACAACAACAAAAACAUCAGAAUUCCACUGGACUCCCCUCGUGUUCUUAAUCAUUUCCUCCUUCGCCUCGUACCUCGGCAUCAAAAUCCUCCCGUGGAUUUUAACGGGGGAGGUUUACUCGAACGAAACCAGAGCCUUCGCUUCCGGUUUGUCCGGCGGAAUAGGAUACAUUUUCGGUUUUCUCGCCAACAAAGUGUUCUUGUCGAUGAUCUCGGGGUUCACUCUUCCCGGUACGUUUUGGACGUACGGUGCUGUGAGCUUCGUCGGGGCGAUUCUUCUGUACUUCCUACUUCCGGAGACGGAGGGCAAAACGUUACACCAAAUAACCGAACAUUUCGCGGGACGAGGGAAAUUGGGAAAUAAGGUUUCUAGAAAACGACAUUCGGGGUUGAGUGGCAUUCAAAAUCAGGCAUUUGAGCCAGAUGAAACAAACAGUAAAAACACUGAAAGUAAAUUUUAAAUAGGUUCUUUGAAAAAUAUGUGUGAAUAUAAUGAAGAAUCCAUAAAGAUACAGUGGUGGAAAAAUGUACCGAAUAUUUAUUUACUUUUUACAAAUAUACAAUUUUACUUUCUCCUUGACCAACUUUGAAUCGAGAAAAAUAUCUCCAAACCAUAAUGCUUCCACCACCAUGUUCAACCACCAUAUGACCUAAGUAAAAUAAAUUUACUCGUCCAAAUCCAAUUUUUAAAAAUAUUCCAUACUUUUUCUACCACUGUAGGAAAGUAGAUAAUCUUGUAAAUACUACGUUUCAACGUUUUAGUUGUUCUAAUUGUAAGAUAGGUUUUACAAAUGUAGACUAAUUAAACAUAUAUUUAAUAAACUUUGUGUAUAUUUAAAAAUAAAUUUGUAUAUAUGAACAUAA